AGAUAUUGAUGCCAUUGAUGAUCAAUUUUUUUAAAGAUUUUUGUUCCAGUCAAAAUCACUUGCUUGGCAUUCGCUAUGCUCAAUUGAAAAUGGAAUGGAAUGUUGUGUGAAUGAAUCACAACUAUCAUUCAAACUUGAAUUUUUUGACAAGUGGGCUCUAUUCAACCAUGAACUCACCUCAAUACAUUCCAUCGAAUAACUGCGUAAAAGAUUCUCCAUUAGAACAGAAAAAACAAGUAACAAAAACAACAUAAAAAAAGUAUGAAGUAACUAUGAAAAUAUGUAUAGAAUAUGUUUCUAUACAACCGUUCAUUCCAUUGAGAAGCCUUUUAAACAUCCGCGGACUGGGUGGCUGAUUUCCACAAGACUGCUCACAGCACAACAGCACGUAAAGCUACACGGAAUUUAUUCACUGAGGAAGAGUCUCUAUUCAACCGUUCUUUCCAUCUGAUUUCCAUUUUCAUGAAUGAUCACAGCACAACAGCACGUAAAGCAACACGGAAAAUAGCUAUAAAUGAGCUGUAGGGGACGUUCUUUCGCCUCGAGGACUCUCUCUUAGAAGGUCUGUCAUGACAGACGAACUCAGGCCCGGAUCGUUCCGGCAUUCUACACUAGAAUCUAAACGAGGCCGAGUUCGGACGCUCGAUCGAUCAGAUCUAGAGCGAGUGAAACUAGAGGACCGUACAUCGAAUGAAAGAGCUCUCUUCGAUUACGUACUCACAGGGAGAGUAAAAGACCUAAAGGGAGUACUAACUGAUAAUCCAAGGCUUGAUCUCUCGUCGGCGGAUAGGAACUUUACUCGUCUGUUAUUAAGAACGGCUAUCGAGGCGAAUAAUGCAGACGUAUUGGAGGUUUUUGUCACUAAUGGAGCUCAGAUCCGCGGAUCAUUGUUCACGGCGGUAGGUAGGGGCUCUAAGGAGUGUGCGGAAGUUAUUCUGGCGUACUGCAGGCAAAAUUGUGGAGACACGGGGCCAGAAGAUUUCAAAGAAGGAGGGUUUGUCACCCCACUUAUCAUGGCGGUACAGUACGAGGAGUUCGACAUGAUUGAGUUCUUUAUUUCGAAUGGAUACAAGGUGGAGGUUCCAGGAUGCACCGAGAGGUAUGGACUCGGCAUGGUCUGUGUGAAUAAGCAGGAGGAGCUGGGUCCAGCGGAUGACAUAGCUCUUUCGUCAAUAGUUGAGCAGCCUCAACACACCAGGCGCGAACGAAUGGCCUUACUAAAGAUCAACUCCUAUAAAGCUUUGGCGAACCCGCUGUACAUCAGCUAUACGUAUAUAUACGACCGGCUCCAAAUUCAUCCGCUCUUCCAGGUGUUCAAGUUGAACGAGGAACUGAUAUUACAGGCAAAGAAAGACCCAGAAUUUAAGUGUGAGUAUCGUGAGUUAUCCGAGUCCUGUGAACAGUUCGCGGUGGAUCUGCUAGAUCAGUGCCGUACCCUGAAAGAGCUGAACGUCAUGACAGAUGUGAUCAAGGAGAUCGAUGAGAGAUACAAGAAGUCAGCCCGCAAGUAUAUCCAAGUUCUAACUAAGGAUGCGGAGGAACUCGCAGUUUUUAACCUCGCUAUCAAGAACAAUAAUGACAAGUUUGUUGCCCAUCCAUACAGCCAACUACAUCUAAACACCGUAUUGUACCGGGGGAUCUACCGGCUGUUUGACUAUGAGGUACCCUGGGGUGACCGGGGAGAUCUCAGCCGAGUGUUGUUCGCCAUUCGUCACAUCGUACUUCUACCGAUCUUUGCCUUCAUUCACAUCCUUCUGCCUCAUAGCCGUCCAUCACGCUUUCUCAGUAACCCGGUUAUUAAGUUCAUGAGCCACACGGCAUCUUUCUAUGUCUUUGUAUUGCUGUUGAUAUUCUCAAGUUUUCAGGAUCUGUACGAAGAUAAUGUCACCAGUCCGUCUAAGGUCGAGUGGUCAAUAUUCGCAUGGGUUAUUGGUCUGUUCUGCCAGGAAGUUAGAGAGCUCUAUCUGCAGGGAGUGAAACGCUACAUACAGCAGUGGUGGAAUGUGACCGGGAUGUUAAUGGUGACGCUAUUCCUGAUGUCAAUUACCUUGAGAGUAAUAGCAUACGGAAUCACGGGCCAUUGGGCCGUGCUGAACACCAUCGCCAGUACCAGCCCGUCUUCUUGGUACGAGCUCACCUUAUUAUCCAACAGCUUCUUCUCAAUCGCGAUGGUACUCAGCUUUAUACGGCUAUCGGGGGCAUUCCAGGUGAACUCCAUUCUUGGCCCACUCCAGCUAUCGCUGUACUAUCUUCUGGUGGACAUUCUCAAGUUCCUUGUGUUUUUCGUGCUUAUCUUCAUGGCUUUCGGUUUUAGCUUGAGGCGCCUGUAUUCAAACUACAUUAGUACCCAAAAGUACAUCGCUACGAACAAACCCUCGAGCUCAAACACGACCUUGAAUGGCACUAUAGCUGAUACCGAACACCAGUUUACAAAUGUUGGAUCUGGUCUAUACAGUCUAUUCUGGUCGGUCUUUGGUCUAACAGAACUUAACAGCUUUGGAACAAACGACGCCAAAUUCACCAUCACCAAGGAGACAGGGGAAGUGAUGUUUGGGUUUUUUCAGGUCAUCGCAGUUAUCGUGGCAGUCAAUAUGCUAAUUGCUAUGAUGACACGAUCAUUUGAAAGCAUUGCGGAGCACGCUGACGUCAAAUGGAAAGUUUCCAGAACUCGACUUUGGAUGAGUUGGAUCCAGAAGGGCAGCGGAUGCCUUCCUCCGCCUCUCAACCUCAUCCCCAACCCCCUACUCAUCUUUCAAGGGCUUAAACAGUUCUGCCGCUGGGUGAUUCGCUGUGGCUGCCGUAAGAAAUCACGUUCAAGCGCGUACAAAGAUGAAUUACAUUCCAACGCCAAUGCCAACGCAGAGGAAAUUCCAAUGGAUGAGAUGUGCAAGACACGUCUUGGUCGUUCACAAAAGGUCAUCGAGAGAAGGGAACUAAUCAAGCGAGUGCUCCGCAGAUAUCUGCACAUGCGCAAAUACAAAGACGGUCACAGAGAAGAGGGGGAGCUCUUAAGAUAUAUCAGGGGCGCACAAGAUGACAUCCUAAGGGGGGACCAAAAGGGAGAGAAUGACACUAAGAUGUGAUUCUUUUCUUUGCACAUAAAACGAGAGUCACACAGAGAGAAGAGGCACCUACGACCUAUUAGUUGCAUUGAGCAUAAUAUCCUCUUUGGGAGGAAGGUUGGAAAGACUAUGACCUGCAGCAAGCUUGAAAUGUUUCCUUGUAAACUUCUGAAGGACUUUAAUAAAUACUUUAAGUCCA